AUGUCGGGGACAGCGGGCACGGCCAUCUGCGUGCUGCGCUGCGACCUGCGCGCCCACGAUAACCAGGUGCUGCACUGGGCUCAGCACAACGCUGAUUUUGUGGUUCCCCUCUACUGCUUCGACCCGCGGCACUACCUGGGCACCCACUGCUACAGCUGGCCCAAGACGGGGCCACACAGGCUCAGGUUUUUGCUGGAAAGUGUGAAGGAUCUGAGGGAAACACUCAAGAAAAAAGGAAGUACCCUGGUUGUGAGGAAGGGGAAGCCGGAAGAUGUGGUCUGUGAUCUGAUUACUCAGCUGGGCUCUGUCACUGCUGUGGUUUUCCAUGAAGAGGCCACGCAGGAGGAGCUGGAUGUGGAGAAGGGGCUGUGCCAGGUGUGUGGGCAGCACGGGGUGAAGGUUCAGACGUUUUGGGGCUCCACGCUGUAUCAUCGGGAUGACCUCCCCUUCAGGCCUAUUGACAGGUUGCCUGAUGUCUACACCCACUUCAGAAAAGCUCUGGAAUCCGGGGCCAAGGUCCGGCCAACCCUGCGGAUGCCGGAUCAGCUAAAGCCCCUGGCUCCAGGGCUGCAAGAGGGGAGCAUCCCUACAAUGGAGGAUUUCGGGCAGAAGGAUCCUGUGACUGAUCCCAGAACGGCCUUUCCCUGCAGUGGAGGAGAGACCCAGGCUUUGAUGAGGCUGCAAUAUUAUUUUUGGGACACGAAUCUGGUUGCCUCUUACAAGGAGACUCGGAAUGGGCUGGUGGGGAUGGAUUACUCCACGAAAUUUGCACCAUGGCUGGCACUGGGCUGCAUCUCACCUCGAUACAUCUAUGAGCAGAUCCAGAAGUAUGAGAGAGAGAGAACAGCAAAUCAGAGCACAUACUGGGUCCUGUUUGAACUGCUGUGGAGGGAUUACUUUCGGUUUGUGGCCCUGAAGUAUGGCAGAAGGAUUUUCUCAUUAAGAGGGCUUCAAAGUAAAGAGAUCCCCUGGAAAAAGGACCUUCAGCUCUUCAGCUGUUGGAAAGAGGGCAGAACUGGGGUUCCUUUUGUGGAUGCCAACAUGAGGGAGCUGAGUGCCACGGGCUUCAUGUCGAGCAGAGGGCGGCAGAACGUCGCCAGCUUCCUCACCAAGGACCUGGGGCUGGACUGGAGGAUGGGGGCAGAAUGGUUUGAAUCCCUGCUGGUGGAUUAUGAUGUUUGCAGCAAUUAUGGCAACUGGUUAUACAGCGCUGGCAUUGGCAACGACCCACGGGAGAACAGGAAGUUUAACAUGAUCAAACAAGGCCUGGAUUACGAUGGGAAUGGGGAUUAUGUCAGGCUGUGGGUGCCAGAGCUGCAGGGCAUAAAGGGAGCAGACAUCCACACCCCCUGGGCACUGAGCAGUGCUGCUCUCUCCCAGGCAGGAGUAACUCUGGGUGAGACCUACCCACAGCCCGUGGUGACAGCCCCAGAGUGGAGCCGACACAUCCACCAGAGGCCUGGAGGAAGUCCCCAUCCCAGGGGCAGCAAGAGGGGACCAGCACAGCACAAGGACAGAGGGAUAGAUUUUUAUUUCUCUCGCAAGAAGGAUGCUUGCUGA